ACAUGUCUGUUCCAGACGGAGGGUGGCAGCAGCCAGCUGUGGAGCAGAGGGAUGGAGAGACUCUCAAAGCUCACCUGACUUCAGUCUUGCAGACCCCUGUGAGCCUCUCAGCAGGUCCCCCUCAGCCUCUCCCUCUUCCCCCUCAGCUCUGUGCCACAGGUGUAUGGAGAGACCUUCACAACAUAGUGGAUUGGAAUGCUAGCCUGGUGAAAGUGGAACAGGAGCAGAUUCAGAAGAGGACAUUUACCAACUGGAUCAAUGCUCAGCUUUCCAAGCGCAAGCCUCCCUCAGUGGUGCUGGACCUGUUUGCAGACCUGCGGGAUGGCGUCAGGCUGCUGGACUUGCUGGAGGUCAUCACAGGCCAGCCCCUGAAACGUGAGAAGGGGCGUGGUGUUUUCCAGCACAGAAGCAACAUUGAGACUGCCCUGAAAGUGUUAAGGAGGAGAUCGAUAAAACUGGUCAACAUCAACAUUCCUGACAUUAUUGAUGGAAAGCCGUCUAUCAUACUUGGCCUCAUAUGGACAAUCAUAUUACACUUUCACAUCGAGGAGCUGGCCAGCGUCCUGGCCUUCAGCUCCCGGCACUCGUCCAUGGAGUCGCUGGCCAGCGUGGACUCGUGCUCGACGACGGACAGCACGUCGCCCAGGAGGACAGCCCCGCUGCAUGCCCACUUCAAGCUGUCCGCCAGGAAGGCCCUGCUGCUGUGGGCCCGGGAGCAGUGUGCCAAGGCUGGCUGCGGCAUCACUGUCCAAGACUUCAGAUCCAGCUGGAGGAGUGGGCUGGCCUUCCUAGCAAUCCUUUACUCUCUGCGCCCCGCUGUGGUGGACCUGCAGAAGUCCCGAACCAGGACCAACAUGGAGAACCUGGAGGAGGCCUUCCGAAUCGCUGAGCAGGAUCUGCACAUCCCCCGGCUUCUGGAGCCAGAGGACGUCGACGUUAAAGACCCUGAUGAGAAGUCGAUUAUGACAUACGUGGCUCAAUUCUUGCAAUAUUCCAAAGACUUACCCAUGUCUGAGGAGGACGGGCAGGAAUUUGUCACUGUUUUUAAGGGUGACCCACUGUGGAAUACAGGGGCUGCCGGUUCUGUGUUGGAUGUUUUGCUCAUUGGGAUUGUGGACGUGCGAAGCCCUAGCCAGAAGACACAGGGGCUUCUCUUCCAGCACUUUAACCCGGGCACUGUCACCUCUAUUUUCUCUGCCUGACAGCUGCACUUCCUGGCUCCUCCUCAGUCUCCCUCUCCUGGCCUCCCUCUGGCCUUCGCUGCCUCUCGCCUCUGCCAGGGGCCCCUAUCCCAGAAAAUCAGUGAGGUGAUAUCCUGGCUGCAGGAAGCUCAGCAAGAGCUGGUGACCAGCUGGGCUAAAGCAGAGAAUGACAGCUACCCGGAGAGACACAAUGUGUUCCAGACAUUCCUCCAGUCCUUUAGGGAGCAGCGCAGGCUAGUGAUGCCCCUGCUGUCUGGCCUGCGCAGGACGGCACACCUCAGCGAGGAGCAGCGCAGGCUGAAGGAAGUCUGGGACAGUCUCAAUGAGAAGCUGAGCGCGUGCAAGGUGGCUCUGGACCAAUCCCUGCCGGCCCCCCUGGACGACGUGGGGGCUUGGCUGCUGCGUGUGGAGGCGGUGCUGGGGGAGGAGGACCCCGACACCCAGGACCAUGUCCGGGCUGCUGAAAGUGCCCGGGCCAGACUGCAUCUGCUCAAGGCCCUCAUGGAGGAAAUGAGUAUCCACCUGCAUACCCUUCAGGCUUUCCCUCAAAAAGAUGAGCACGGAGCCACUCGAGUACCCCCAGAAAAAAUGGAGGAACUUAAAAGAAGGUUUACCAAUAUCCGGGUCACUGCCAAGUACCACGGGAUAAAGCUGGAAUACCAGGAAUCCUCUCACACGGUGCAGGGCCUGCUGGAGCAGAUCAGGAGCAGGCUGUGCUCCUGGAAAAGCCCCUACAGCAGCAGGGAGGAUGUGAGGCUGCAGCUUCUCAGCUGGCACGACUCCAUAGACAGUCAAGGCCUGGUCUCCCGUCUUGAAGCUGCCAUUCUGAGGCUCAGAUUAAUUGCUGACAAUUACACCAGCAAGUCAGCCCUAGCGGCUGACUCUCAACACAUCAGCAAAUUCAUGAAAGAGGUGGAGGAGGAGAGUGCAGUGACUGUGGAGUCAGUCUCGGGGACAAAAGCUAUGCUGGAACGAGUCCUCUCCGCCUGGGACUCUUACACUGAGCUUCACGGCUCCCUGCAGGCCUGGCUGGACAACAGAGAAGCUCUUCCUGACGGAACUGAGGUGACGUCUGACCGCCUGUCUGAGUGGAGCGCCAGGCAUGCCCACCUGAAUGAAGUCGGGAACCUUCUCAUCGAGGCCACAGAUGAACAGACCAGCGGCAGCCUUGCCGAUGAGCUGCGUGGGUUGAACAGACAGUGGGCGGCCUUCAUGAAGAAAACUAAAUUCUCCGCUACCCAGCCUGAUUGCAUCCCCACGAUACCUGCAAGAGGCACAGCGGUAAACAUGCUCAUUGAUGAAGCCACUCAGCUGAUGCAGGAAGAAGUGGACAUUUCAUCUAGCAAUCUCAGGAGCUUCAGGAAGAGGAUUGAGCUUAUGAAGAGGAAGAUAAAGCAAGUGGAUUUAAAUUCUCUCUCUCAGUCCUCUGAAAGCUGUCCAGAGACUGUGCAGCGACUCCAAGACACCCUAACCGAGGUGACCCAGGAGCUGUGCCAAGCAGGCCAGGGCUGUGUGGAGCUGCAGCAAGGGGCAGCCAUGCUAGAAGGUGGGCUGGCUGAGUUACAGCAGUGGGAAUCCCUGGCAAGGGACACGCACAGGGCACUGAUGGGCAAGGGGCAUUCCCCGACCCAGGACCCAGCAGUCAAGCUGUUAAUCAGCAGAGGCCAGGAGCAUGAGAGGCAGGUUGUGACAGAGGAGCAGUUUCUCCUGGCCACGGUGGAAACUCUGCAGAAGAACAAGUCUCUCCGGCACCUCACUGUGUCUGGAAUGCAGGCCAGAGUCAGCAGGGCCACUGCAAAAUCACAGGAGGUGCAGGCCAUGCUGAGCUCUCUGGCGGACAGGCACCAGGGUUACCCUAAGGAGGCUGACGUCAGAGUUAAAUUUGAGAAGGCUAAACACAGGCUGUUGGAGCACAUCCUGGCAGCCAUCACUGUCCUGGGUGACAAACAGAUCACCAAAGAGCAAGUGGCUAAGAAGGAGGAAUUCUUAAAGAAAUCCAACUCUACCUUCCUGGAGGAAUUCUUGGAGUCUGCGGAACAGAUGAAGAGUCGCUGCUCUUCGAGUCAGCAAAGAGAGAUUGAAACACUGAGUCAGUCUCUUCGGAAGCAGUGGGAGGAUGUUCAUUUAGAUAUAGCAGCGUUUUUGCAACAGUUGAAAUUUGAAAUUGAGAAAGGAAACUUUAACAAAGCUGCCUUGCAAUGUGAGCUGCAAAUUAAAAAAGAAAAGGCCUUUUCUGACUCAAUGGGCUGGGCAGAACUUGUUAAAGAUAACCAGGUCUGCUUUUCUACAGAAGGCAGUCUGGAUCAAGCACGACAGCAUUUAGAGGCUCUGAGAGUGAUCUGUGACACGCUGAGCUCCGAUAAGGCCCACAGCCUGACCAGAGCUCAGCUGGGAGAGUGUGUGCAGAGGCUGGAAGCCAUAGAGCAGGAGAGGAGAGACUUCUGUGAGCCCCAGCAAGCAUGGCUGUCCCAGCAGCCUCCUCCAGGAGAGCGACAUCCUUCCGAAUAUGGUGAAGACAAAGUGGAGCAGACGGAGAGCUUUCUACCGUCAGAAUCUUCCCCAAGACUUCCCCCCACUGAGGUGAUCGUUACAGUCGAGACCGUUGCAGUAAUGCAGAGGGCUGAGAGGAUGGUGGUUGAUGGGAGUGCUCUCGACACUGUGGAGGCACAGGAUGUAGAUGAACAUGAGACUCUUGAAAGAUACAGAGAAUCCAUGAGUGAAUUUGAAAACCAGCUGUGCAGGAACAGACAGAGUCUUCAGGCUGAGUUCCCUCCAGAUGCUGUCAGCUCUGCAGUCCUUCACGCCAAGCUCCUGGAGCUGCAGGCCCUGAGGGAGGAGACGGAGUCCCUGUGGUUUGAGUUCGAGCUGCAGUGCUCCCAGAUGAAAGGGAGGGUGGCUGGGGGAGAGGAGCAGAGGGUGGAGGAGGUCAGGUCUGCACUAACCCGCCAGUGGAGGGGACAACAGCUCCACCUGAAGAGCAGGCUGAAAUCCAUCGAGACAGCAGUAGGGUUAAUUGAGCCUGUGGAAAAUCAGAUUUCACACUUCUCCAAUUUGCUUGACGAGUUUCACAAAAUCCCAAAAGAAGUCAGAGGAUUUGAGCUGAUAGAUGGAAAUGCCGUUUUAAAAGAUUUAGAGGAUCUAGGUGAAAGCAUCCAACAUGAGACUGAUAGGAUCUGUGCUCUGGGAAGAGCAGACAGUCCUGCUUUGUCUGGAUUAAACCCUGCAGAACAGAUGAUCCUCAGCAGGAUUGUGCUGGACUGCGGGAAGAGAUUGGAGGCACUGAAGCAGAGCGUAUGGACCAGUGAGGCAGCCCUGAGAGCGCUGGAGCAUUUCCUAACAUCCCUGAGAAGGGCUGACCAUGGGCUUGCUGGACUACAGGCCACUCUUCCUGAGGAUGUGGCAGCUGUAAACAAGGACAGAGCCAAGCUGGAGGUGGCCAGACAGAGCUUGAAAAGCACAGGAGACCAAUGCCCAGAGCUGGACAGCCGGCUGAAUACAGCCCAGCUCUCCAUCUGGGACUGCGAGGUGUCUGCUGUAAUUACCUGUCAGGGCAUGCUCUCUGCGCUGGCUCAGAAGACAGAGGACUUGGACAGGGGCCUGCUGAAGCAGCAGCAGAGCCUGCAGCGAGAGAAGGAGCUGCCCGUUCUUCUGCAGAAGGGGGAGGCCUUGCGCUGCAGCCUGCAGGAGCUGCACGAGAGAGUGCGCACCCUGGCGCUGAAGGAGCCCACGAGACCUGCCCUUCAGCAGAGGCUGCGGGCCUUGAGGGAUCUGGAGUCCCAGCUGAACUCUCACCGUGCUGAUCUGGAACAGCUCCGGGAUGUUGCUGCUCAAAUCUCCGCCCAGCCUGGGGAGCUGGGGCACGGAUUCCCACAGGACCUGGAGGUGCUGUGGGAGGAGACGGAGCAAGCCCUGACUGAGGGGCAGGAGCAGUGCUCUGUUUUGAUGGACUUGCUGAAGAAAUUCCAGGGCUGCAGAGGCGACCUGUGCAAAGUGCUGCAGAGAGCAGAGCAGACCAUCCUCAAACAAGCUUCGUACAUGGGAAAAGACAACCUGCAGGGACUCCUAACCAAGGUCAGCACAAUCAAGGAGGAUCUUAGUGGCUGGACGGAGGGAGUGGAGGAGCUGCGUGCCGUUUGUAGGCAUCUGCAGUCCCAGCUCAAGAAGAUCCCAGGGGAUGCAGAGGUGCCAUUCGAGGCUGAGGCAGACUCGCUGGUGGAUCGCUGGCUUGAUGUGAUGGAGAAGACUGACAGUCACAUAGACAACCUGCAUCAUGGCCUGAUGCUCUGGGAGAAGCUGCUCAGUUUGGCUGCUAACAUUGAGCAGUGGGCCAUUGGGAAACUGGCCACAUUUGCUGAGUGGCGCCAUUUCCUAGAUGAACAGGAAGUCGCAACCUUUCAGAGUGAAAUAGAAGCUCAGCAGGAGAAUAUUGAACAUUUUCACAACAAAGCAGCUGAGAUCCAGGAACUCCUUCAGAGUAAAGAGUUUCCCUUAGAGUUACAGGUGAUCGAGAGCCAGCUGAGGAAGAGGAUGGAGGAAGUGGAGGAGCUCAGCACGGAGAGCAGUGAGGCGUUUCAGGAGCUGAUGGCUGUGAAGAAGCUCAUGGCCGACAGGCUGAAGCAGUGCUACUCCUGUCUGGAGACCAUUGAGUCCACAGUGAUCGGCCUGGCUGUAUCAGACAAUCCACAGGCCUCCAACACUUUACAGGAGCUGGGUGAGCAGCUGCAAGUCCAGGAAGAGGAGGCUGACUCCAUCCUCAGAGAGGUUGGCCUCAUGGCCAGUGUCGCGAGUCCCCAUCUCCUAGGAACGCUGGCUGCUGAUGGGAUGCAACUGAAGGAGAGAAUCCAGAGAGUCCAGGAGUUGUUCUGCCAGAAGAGAAACCAUGUUGAGAACAGUUUCUUGCAGCUGAUAAGUGAGGAGUGCCAGGCCUACGAACAGUGGCUACAGGAGCUGCAGCUCUCGAUGAACGAGUGUUUUGAAAACCCCGAGCGGAGGCAGGACAUGGAGAGCUCGCUGCAAAGACUCACGGAGUUCCUGGCCUGUAGGGAAGGAGAGAGGAGGAUCGCCCGGCUGAAGGAGAGUCUCUCUUCGGUGGGAGCACAGCUGCCCGAGGCCCAGAGCAGCUCGCUCUCGGCCUGGCUGCAGGAACAGGAGGAGGAGCUGAAUACCUUCAGGUCACACUGCCAGAAUAAACACAGCCAACUGGACGCCGGCCUCCGGACUCUCGACAGUCUGCAGGAGGAAUACAUGCAUCUUGAUAGGUGGCUUCAAGGCAAAGAACAGAAGACAGUAGAAGGUGAAGAGCUUGACAGCUUGUAUGAAGAAAUUCAAAAAGAAAGGGAGAGGUUCGAUGCCCUCCAUGGACUGGUGCUGUCGGCGCGGAAGCAGGGGCUGAAGUCCGAUGAGACAGUACAGGAAAGCGAGCGACUAGUGGGGAGGUACUGCAGUCUCCAGGCCAGGCUCUGUGCAGAGUGCGAGGCCCUGCUCACCUUGUCCAGAGAGGUGCAGGCCUUCAUCACCCUGAGAGACAGCAUCCUGAGCUGGGUUACUCGCCUGCAGGACGACCUGGACUCCCUGAGAAAAGACACUCAGGGCAGCAGGAGAGAGAUACAGGAGAGACUGCACAGAGCUGAGGCUAUCCUGAGAUCCGGAUCUGAAGGGGAGGCCCAGGUGCAGCUCUUGAAACAGAGCGGACAGAAUCUAGCCGAACGGGCGAGGCUGGACGAGGCCAGGCGCGGCCAGAGCUUGGCGGCGGUGAGAGAGGCCGAAGAGCGGUGGGGCGCUGUCGUGCGGCCUGCGGCCCAGCACCUCAGAGUCCUGCAGGGCGUUGCUGAGCGGUGGGACUCCUGUCUGGAAGUAAAGCAGCAGGUCCAGUCCACAGCCGAGGAGCUCCGGCGACAGACAGCGGAGAUCGCCCUGCGGUUCCCCUGGCCCGGCGCGGCGGAGAGGUGCAGGGCGCUCGAGGGGUGCAGGUCACUGGCGGAGAAAGCCAGAGCCCUGUCAGGGGCCUGCGACCGCCUACAAACUGACAGGGAGGAGCUGUCCCAGCUCACACGAGACCCCAGCUUUGCUGAAGAGUCAUGGACAGACCUGGUGAAAUGCACAUCCGGCCUGCUGAAAGACCUGGAGGACGUGAGUGUGAGUCUGGAAGGGAGCCUGCAGGAGGAACGGCGCUGUGGCAGGUUAAUGGCACAGGCCAGGGCCGCGCAGCACUCACUGGGGGCCCGGCUGGGGACUGCCAGAGCUGCUCCCAGGGACAGGGCUUCAUUGCACGACACUGUCAGCUCACUACAGGUUCUGUUGGAGUCUGUAGCCCAUAAUGUUGACUUGAUCAAAGAGCUGGAGAAUGUGAGUCGUGCUUUGCAGAGAAGCAUGACCCUGGGUGGCCAGUCAGCCAUUGCCCAGGAGAUCAUCCUUCUGCAGGAGCAGAACAGAGACAGUGAGACCGAGAUCCUGCAGACCAUGCAGGAGCUGCACACUCAGGUGCAGCAAGCAGAGGAGGAGCUGAUCAUGAGAAGCCUGAAAGAUGAAGCCAUUAAGUUACUGGAGGAGCUCCAGUUGGUCAGUAAAGACCAUGGCUCUUUGGAGCAGCUCACUGGCUUCGCUCAGUUGAAGCAACACUGGGAGACCCUGAAGGGCUGCGAAAGAGCUCUUGGGGAGCUGGAUGCCAGAGUGGCGGAUCUCCAGGCUCCAGGGAGGCUCCGUCUCCCUCAGGGAGAGAUUGCAGGAGAUGUCUCCGCCGCCGUCACUGCCGCAGUCCAGGAACACAGCAGGUUGAAGAGUGACAUUUCUCACCGGCUGGAACUGUGUAAAGAAGCUGUAGGAAGGGGGUUCCAUGCUCGUCUGCAGGAGUUGCAGCGGUGGAAUCAGGCAGCCAGGCCUGCCCUGUCUGUUCAGCCCCGAGCGCCCACAGAAUCCGCGCUCCCAUCAGGCAGCCCACGCUCUCUCCAGACAAUGCAGGAUGAGGCGGAGAGGCUCCAGGCAGCCUUGCGGGAGGCCCUGUCAGACCAGCAAUUCUUGAUGGACACACUGGGUCAGGAGCAGAAGAUCAGGCUGGAGUCAGAGGCCUCCCAGGCCCUGGCAGAGAAGAAGACUCACUCUGCCAUCAUCACUCAGAAGCUGCAGAUACAGGAACCUGGGACGCAGCAGUCUGAUCUACAGCACUUGCAUUCUGCAUACUGCAUACAGACCCUGCAGACUGGUGUAAAGCAGACAGGAAUACUACAUCCAGAAACAUUAUCUUUUGAGACAGUGUUCGAUGACUUACAGCAUCACGAAACACAGGACCCUGAUCUACAGCAGACUGAGACACUACAUCUUGAGAUACAGCAUCCUGCUCUACAGCAGACCGAUACACUGCAUCUUGUCACACAGCACACCAAUGUACAGCAGACUGAGAUACUGCAUACUGAUGUACAAGAGACUGCGACACUACAUUCUGAGAGGCAGCAUCCUGGAAUGCAGCUAACUAAGGCCCUGUACAGUGAGACACAGCACACUGACCUAAACCAGCCUGAGAUCCUGCAUCAUGAGACACAGCACCCUGAUCGACAGCAGAGUGACACAUUGUAUCUUGUGGCACAGAAGACUGAGACAGUGUUUGUCAACUUGGAGCACCUUGAGACACAGCAUCCUGAUGUAGAGGAGACUGAGACCCUGCAUUCUGAUGUACAGCAGACUGUACAUCCUGAGAGACAGCUUCCUGAAAUGCAGCAUAGUAAGACACAGCACCCUGAUAUAAAGAAGACCGAGACCCUGUCUGUUGAUCUACAGCAGAGUGAGACAUAUAAGAAGAGACAUAUAAAGAAGACCGAGACCCUGUCUGUAGAUCUAGUGCAUCCUGAGACACAGAAGACUGAGACAGUGUUUGUCAACUUGGAGCACCUUGAGACACAGCACUCUCAUGUACACCAGCCUGAGACCCAGCACCCUGAUAUAGAGGAUAUUGAGACCCUGUCUGUUGAUCCACAGCAGCCAGAGACCUUGCAAACUGAUGUACUGCUGACUGGGGUACUACAUCCUGUGACACAGUAUUCUGAGACAGUGUUUGUUGACUUACAGCAUCUGGACACACUGCACACGGUGCAGUCUGAGACACAAAAUCCUGAUAUACAACCGACUAAUACAUUGCAUAACAAAACACUUGAUACUGAGACUUUGUGUACUGAUCUACAGAAGGCUAAGAUACUGCUUCCUAAUACACAGCCUACAUAUGUACAGAAGAGCGAGACAUUGUCUACUGAGACACAACAUCCAGGUCUGCAGCAGACUGAGAUACUUUAUACUGAACUUCAACAAACAGAGACACUGCCCACUGGCACCUCUGGGACAGACCAAGUUGAGGAAAUGCAGCUACAGCACGAUGAUGUUCAAUACUCUGAUACCAAGCACAACAAGGCAUUACAAUUAAUGAACACAGAGAUACAGCACUCUGCUGUUCAACACUCCAGAAUUCAGCACAUUGAGACACGGAGAAUUGAUGUCUCUGAUUUACAGCCUAUGGGUAGCACAGAGUUAUUGCCUACUGAUAUCCUUGAAAGUGAGAGACGUAUGAAGAAAUUCUCAGAAACCCAGCACACAUUUACUUACCACAGGAGGAGCAGAGGGACAGUCCAGUCUGUGGAGACAGAGCCCACUGAGGGACAGGACACCAGCGAUAAAAUCGAUGCAGAGGAUAAUGGCACUACUGAGAUGCAGCAAACCACUGAACACAUUGAUAACCACUGGACUGUUGCGGAUCAGAGUGGCAUACAGAGAAUUGAGACAGACUAUCCUGAGACACAGCAUACUGGCCCACAACAUUCUGAGACCCUAUAUACAGAGACACAGGAAACUGUGAAUUCGAAGACAAAGUUAGCCGAGGCACAACAUACUUACACCUCUGGAAAAGUGCAAACAGAGAGCAUCAAGACAAAGGUUGCCAGUGUGCCUGGCACUGAGAGGCAAUAUUCUGAAAGCCAACACAGUAAGAUACAACAUUCUGAGAUAUGCAACACUGUCACAGCUGGUAAACUGGACACCGAGACACAGCUCACUGACACUGCCGUAUCACUGGAAGCUGUCCGCCCUGAGACACAGGACAGAGAGCGACUGCAACAAGAGCACCAGCACACUGAGGCCCCUGAGUCUGAGCAGGAGGUGAUCCUGGAAGUGUUGACCGCUGAUGUACAGCAGAGCCCUGUUGGUUUGGAGAGGCAGGAGGAGCUGGGGGGCGUGAGCUCUGGCACCGUGUGGGUCAAGACUGAGGAGAGGAGGGGAGAUGGAGAAAGGGCAGACAUCACAGACACACAGCAGGAACAGGAAGAAUGCUGCUCCGGGAACGUGCUGAAAUGGUGUGCAGAAUCCGAAGGCCUGGAGCUAGUGUCUGAGCACGAGGCUGACGAGGAGCCUGGAAAACUUCCACAGAGCCCGGGAGGUGCAGCGCAGGAAAUCUUCACAGACGCUCAGAUGCUGACACUGCCAGGCUCUGACAGCCACUCCACUGGAGCUGGGAGGCUGAAGGAAACUCUAGAAAGACUUAAUACUUUAUACAAAGAUUUGGAGUCCCAGCUGACGGACGCUGUCCACAGGGUGCUGUACUGUAGGAACCAGCCCGCCAAGCUCCAUAUUGCAGCCAUGACCCAAUGCAUGGAGGAGACUCAGGAGCUGCUCCAGCAGCUGGGGCGGCAGCAGACAGUUGCCCUGACUCGGCUGGAUAAGGCCCUGACCGGUAACCCUGACACAGCGCACUCUGGAGUGGCGCACCUGAUACGCACCCAGUGGGGGGCGAUUCUGCAAGACAUCUCUGCCAUCACACAGGACAGAGUCUCCCAGCUCCAGCUCGUCACACAGUACCACAGGACAGCAGAGACCAGCAGAGCAGAGCUGGAUAAACUACGUGCAGAAAUGCAGGCACUUCAAAGUUGCUCCAAGGAAAGCAGCUCUCAUCGUACAGAGAGGCUCAAGGCCCUUCUAUUGGACAUUGAGCAGGAGAAAGCCGUGAUGAAAGAGCUCCUGGAGGUGCAGGCAAAGAUAUCGCCCCUCCUGAAUGAGAUUGACAAGAACAGGAUGCAGAUGCAGCUGGGAGACAUGCGUGUGGAGUGCGAUCGGGUGGACUGUGCUGCACAGAAGAUCCUUUAUCGGGUUUCUCUGGAGGCUGAGGAAAGCAAACGCCUCCUGCUGGAGACACAGGGACUCCAGACUGUGCUGGGAAACCUGCACCGUUCUCUCAACUUUCUCAGAUCCUCCCCAUCACAGAGGGAAGGAGAGAAAGCAAAACGGCUGAUGAUGCUGAGUGCGGAUGUAAUAGCUGCUCAGCAGAAGUUCAGUCUUCUGCAGCAGCAUGCUGAAGCUUUGACCCAGAGCAUGCUGGGACAGAGGGAGAUGGAGGAGAUAACCCAGGCCAUCCAGAUCCUGCAAGCUAAACUGGGCCUUGUGCAGGAUCAGAUUUCUGCACAAACCAUCAGCACCGCCACUAUGUUUGGCAAAAUCAUGAAAAUAGUGCAGGAUGCAUUCACGUGGGCAAAGAGAACAGAGGGCGGCUUCAUGAUGAGCAACAAAAUUGCUCUCAACCCAGAAGAUGUCAAAGCCAGGAUUGAUGACAUGAAGAAGGUGCAGUCUGAGAUUGCGGCCAAGCAGUUCAAACUGCAGUCCUUCACUUCGGAGGUGAGAAGGAUGAUCCCGCAGCUUGAUGAGAAGGAUGUGCCAAAAGUUCUGUCCUUGCUGAAAACUUUGGAGCAGCUGUAUGAGUCUACUGCCGAAAAGUCGCUCCAAGCUCUGCAAAAUUUGGAGUCUGGCUUGCAGAUGAGAGCGAGGAUGUUUGAGCAAAUUGCUGACAUUAAUGCCUGGAUUAUUGCACACAGCGAAAAAGAGUGCAUCAAGGAAGCUGACAGUAAAAGCUGCACUUCAGAGCUUGAACUACAGCUUCGAAGGCGAGAAGAUGUGUUACUGGAAUCUGACAAACAUGCUGCACUUGUUGGGGCUCUUUGUAUGAAGAGCAGAGACAUUUCUUCAGAACUUAGUGUUUUAGAGAACUGUUACCUGAAUGACAGACUAAUGUCCCUUCAAGAGGAUAUCAAGGGAAUUACUGGCUAUGAAAAAACAAAAUGUCAAGAACUGAUUGAAUUGCUAAAUGAACAUAAAAUCUCCCUGGAGAAGAUGACCUCAAUAGAGCAGGAUGUAAAAGAGGCAUUGCUGGACUUGGAUAAAUGUAGUUUUCCCUUAAGUAAGGAAACCAUUUGUACAACGGGGACAUUUAAAUAUAAGAUUGUAGACCUCAAGUUCCAAGUUGAACAACUCUGUCACUGUGAGAAGCAAAAACAGAGAGAACUGUUCAAUUUAAUUACUGAGUUGGAGAAUAAAAUAACAAUGUUGGAAGAGAAGGCUCAGUGCUAUGAAAAGUAUUUAAGUUAUUGGCAGCAUAUUAAGAACCUUAGUGGAACCAUAGAAAAACACAUUCUUGAAACAAACAAAGAAGACAUUAAUAAAGCUGACAGACAUAAAAGAUGCCAGGAUCUCCUCGAACAAUUUCCUGGACUGAAGAGGUUAUGUUCUGAGGCUGCUGAUGUUUUAAGCAAGGUCUCAUCAGACUUAGACCCAUCUCAGUUGAGAUCUGAGCAGCAGAAACUCCUACAAGCGACAGUGGACUUUAACGCAUGGGCCCAGGUUGUAAUGAAGCAGUCAGAGAACCUUGAAAGGAAGAUUAUAGAGGGACUUGAUUUCCAGGCAGAAUAUGAGCGUACCUUUGACUUCUUAAAAGACGCAAACGUUGAACUGCACCGAGCAACUUGCUUGGGCUUAGAUGAUCAAGCAAUAGUGAAUGAGAUUCAGAGAUGCCUUGUUCUUCAAAGGGAUGUGGAGACUAGAAUGAGGAUACUUUGGGCUGUAAAAUGCAGAGACUGUGCUGAACCUGGGAAGAAACCUGUUGCCAUGGUGAAGGAGUUGGAUGACCUACAAAACCUAGCCAAGCAGAUACAGAAUGACUGUGCUUUGAGAAUGGAGGGAUUGUCUCAGGCACGGGAGGUGGUGAGGGUGUACUUUGAAGCGAUCCAAGGCACUGCAAACUUUCUGUCAGAAGAAGAGGCCAAGCUACAACAUGUGCCAGGUCACGUCGAGGGCUGCGAAUACAGUUUGCAGCAGAUCCAGGAAGCCCUGUCCAACAUCACUGCAGAGUUCGAGUCCAGAAUUGCCCACAUCCAGCUUCUGUUCCCUAAGAUGGAUUGCCUGUCCCUCCCUGAGUGCCUGAAGCUCCAUGCCCAGCUCCUGAGUGAGCUGCUCGUCCGUGUCUCCACCGUCAAGAGCAAAGCCCAGCUCAGACUGGAGGCUCUGCACAGAUGUGUGGAGAAGUAUGAAAUCUACAAACACUGCUAUGAGGAGGUCUCUAAUUGCCUGGACAGCUCUGGGAGGAAACUUGCAGCGUGCUUUUCCAAGAAAGUAGCAUCUUACAAGGAGUAUUUAGAUCAACAAGAAAACCUUAUGCUGCUUGUCCCGGGAAUCGAUGGCGCGGGGGAGAAGCUGGCGCAGCUGCAGGAGGCGGCUGUGGAGCUGCAGGGCGCCGGGGGGGACAGCAGGGAGGUGGCGCUGGCGGUGUCCUCUCGGUGGCAGGACUGGCUCCGCAUGCAGCGCUGUGCCCGCGAGCUGGGGCAGCGCACUGGGCAGCGCGCGGAGGACUGGAGGGCCGUCUCGGAAAGCGUUGAGAGAGCCACUGUCAUUCUGGACAAUCUCCAGGAUGAGCUUCCAGAAUUCUCCCCAGAAAAGGCCACCGCAGAGGAGCUGCAGGAGCUGCUGGAAUCCACAGAGCAGUACAAGGGGCACCUGGUCCGCGAGCAGGCAGCUCUGUCUGCAUUGGUGCUCAAGGUCAGGACUCUCCUCGGCGUCAGUCCCAGCGGAGACGGGGCCCAGUCCACGCCGCUGUUCCAGCAGCUGCUGGCCAUGCAGGACCGCUACACCAACUUGAGACGGAAGGCAGGGUCUGCCGGGCGUGCCGGGUCCGCAGAGAUGCGGGAGCGCGAACAGGUGAAGGAGGAAAUCCAGGGAGUAAAGGAGUGGCUGGUCACAGCGGUCUCCCUGCUGGCUGUGCUGGAGCAUUCCCCGAGCAAAGAGGAGCUGCAGGAGGUCCAGAUAGAGCUGGGUUCCCAGAAGGCUGUGCUGGAAGGCAUCAUGGACAAGCUGAGGAUGAAGUACUCUGAUAUGUACACACUUGUCCCCAUGGACAUAGAGGCUCAGCUCCAGGAGGUCAGCCGCGGCCUGCAGGAAGUGGAAGAGAAGGUAGAGGAUGCUGUGGAGAAGAGCAGUCCAUUCUAUGCAAUGGGUGCUAAAAUCUGUGACAUCACCGCCGGCCUGGCCAAUGUGCAGACAGUUCUGCAGCAGAGGAGCAAAUCUGUCAUGGAGGCCAAGGGCAUCCAAAAGCACGUGUGGGAUGAGCUGGAGCAGUGGCACUCUAGGGUCGCCACUCUGGAGGCGGACGUGCAGGAGCUCUCUGUGGACUAUCCCGAUCAGGCCCAUCAGAUGAUGGACAACUUAAUGGAGCCCCUGCAGCUCUACCAGAAUGUGGCAAAGCAGGCAGAGCAGCGGACUGCCCUGCUCCGCAAGACCACCUCCUCCCUGCAGGAAUUUGAUGAGAUGAUCAGUAAUACCAACAGCUGGCUCAGCGAGGCUCUACCCUGGCUAUCUGCACCUUACUCCUACAGCUCUGCAAAGUGUCUCAGCAGGCACGUUAAUGCUUUGCAGAUGGUGCUGGCUGACUCUGAGCAGAGGAGGAAGAGCCUGCAGGACUUCCGACCCCUGCUGCAGGAGAUCUCCACAGUGUGCGACACUGCUGCCAUGGAGGAACAGCUGAGCCGGACGGACCAGCGCAUCGCCUCCCUUCAACAGGGCAUCCAGGAGCGUCUGCCCCAGCUCCAGCACGCCUGCACGGAGCUGGAAGCCAUUGAGAUGGAAGUUAAGCUGAUAGAGAAAAACAUCACCAAGAUAAGGACCAUUCUAUCAACCAAUGACACCACAGAAAUCUCUCCCGAGGAGCACCUGCGCAACCGCCAGGUGAUCCUAGACAACAUCCAGCCCAUGAAGAGGACCAUAGCUGAGAUCAGGGGCUGUAGACCUGGCGUGUCUCUGCCCGAAGGGGCAUCGGCAGCCCUGGAGGUUUUUGAUAGGGCCGAAGAGCUGCUGCUGCCCAUAGAGGAGUUGGAGCAAGUGACCAUCCAGCAGAGUGCAGUGCUUAAGGUGGCGAUUGCACAACUGAUGGGACAGCGACAGGACAUUCAACAGGAGGGCCCAGGACAGCUCUCUGCAGGCUCUCCGGUGCAUAAAGCCGAGGAAGAACCAUUAAUUAGUCCGGAAUACCAGGAAGACAUUUUAAUGAGUUUGCAGGACUCGUUAACAGCUCUAGCAGAAGCUCCACUGGAAGCAUGGAGUGAGUCUAAGGAAAGAGCCAACUGGCCAGAAGAGAGCAAGACUUCCCAACCCCAGCAGGGGGUAAUAGGGGGCCUCUUUCUGAACACAUCUCCUGCUGAGGAAGGGGAGGUGGGCAGCGAGGACGAGAGAGGAAGCACCAAGUCCUCGUCUUCGGAAACAUUGACUGGGAGUGUUGCCGAGGACCCCGAGGAGACUUUUAUCGGUGAAGAACAGGCUGACGCCCUCGGUCUGGCCUGUGAGGAGAUACUUGAGGUCCAGCCUCCACCUGCCAUUAAAGCAGAUCCAGACCUCUGGCCUCUGAGGGAGGGAGAGACAGUUCCCAAACAGCUGGACAGAUCUGGCACACCUCAUGGCACGGAGCCUGCACCACUGAGAUUCCCAACAGCAGAGAAGGAGUUGGCACUGAGACAGAAGGACACCCAGCGUGAGGAGACAGCCAGGACACAGGCCCCACUUCACAGUAUGGAGGGACUGAAAGAGCCUGUACAUCAGAGUGGAGAGGGCCUGCAGGGUCUGAGGGCCCAAAGCCAGGAGACACUGAUGACUGACCCACACCCCCAUGAGCUAGCAGAUCUCCUGGGGCAGGGUGUGGCGGCAGGACACCCGGAGGAGGGUGGGACAGAACAACUAGAGGCUCAGAGCCCAGAGACUCAGCGCACUGCCACACAGCCCCACAGCCCAGGGGAGAGACAUGGAGCUGCUACAGGCCAGAGUGGAGAGGGCAAGCCUGUGGAGGCCCAGGGCCCAGAGGUGCUGCUCACUGGCACACAGGCCCACAGCCUGCUGCAGUCUGACUUGUCGCCACGCCCAGCCAGGAAGUGUGGAGUGUCAUGGCAUUUGGAGGCGCGGACAGGCGAGCGCGCAGAGGCGGGGGGCAGCCCUCCGUGUCUCCGCAUGUGCCAGGAGUUCGUCACCCACCUGGAGGUUUGGCUGCAGAGAGCCGGGGACAGCUUCCGGGCUGGGCAGCCUGCCGGGGACAUGCAGGGCAGCGUGGAGCAGCAGCUUCUCGGCUGUCAGGAGAAGCUCCUGGAGAUCGAGCAGAAGGUGGCUCUCUUGGCGCUCGGGCAGCAGGGCAGCAUGGCCAGUGCUCAGGCGGACGUUGAGGCCCUGUCCUGCAGACUGGAGCAGCUCAAGACCAGCCUGGUCACCUUCCAGCAGCUACUGCAGGAGCAGAACCUUCCCAGCCGACUGGCAGGACAGGAGGGGAAGUCGCCUCUUGAGCACCCCCCAGUGGAAGGGAGGCGUCAACAGAGUGCAAGCGUGCAGGAGAUGCUGACCUCUACCAGUGGCAAGCUAAGCAGACAGAACAGCCUGCAGCAACAGAGGGAGCUGGAGCAAGAGCUGAGUGAGCAGAGAGACCUGACCAAGGCCAUCGCUCUGCACCACGGGAGGACACGCCUGCACAGCCACUCUGAGCGAGACCCCAGCCAGUCACAAGUCGGCAAGCCUGCUCUCGGAUGCCAAGGUAAAGGCCAGAGUCCUGAUGAGCCCCCGGCAGGAGUAGAGAUGGCUGUGGAGACGUCCGGGGCUAAGUGGCAGCCACUGGAGAGCAAACUAGCUGCAAGACUGACGACGCUGGAGGAACUUGUACGGCAGGAUCUGCCGUCACAGGUGGUGGUGACAGAUGAUGGAGUUUCUGCUGCUCACAGCGGCAUCGUAAGCAGCCCCAACACCCAUGAUGUGCAGGAGAUACAGGCACUCACCACCCGACUCCGAGAGCUUGGCCACAGUGUACAGUCCAUCCCAGCACAGCCUCACCCCUCUGAGGAGUCCUGCUCAAAGCUGGAUGAGGACCUCUAUGACAUUUUGACUGGGAUUAACCUGUCCCUUGGCAGUAUGGAGGACUUGCUGCUCAGUCACUGCGAUCUGUCCAGGGAAGACACCCAGCUGCAGAUCCCUCAGCUAGAGAGUGUGGCAGCUGAUCUGACCAGCCUGGACAGCGAGAUGAGCAGCCAGAGAGCAGCUCUGAGCCGCAUUGCCAGUCUGGCGGGAGCAGAGGAACCAGAGGUGUCCACCUGCUUGGACCGUCUGCAGUCCUGUCUACCCUUGCUUCUCUUAGCCCUCUCCUCCAGAAAGAGAAAGCUGCACUCCCGGCUGGAACAGCUGGACCAAUACCAGACAGAGUUAAGGAAAAUGCAUGCUUCCUUGCUUGAUAAAAAGUCAUUUUUACUGCAAACAAUUAAUGGAGCCAGUGGCCAGAGCAUUGCUGAACAGCUGCAGAUGGCUGUGCAGUUGGAGUCCAUGCUGGAGCCCCAGGAGAGCUGUGUGUCUGCACUGAAGGAGCAGGGACAGACUCUGGGUAUCCCCACUGCUCUCAUGCUGGAGGUCACCAAGUUAGAGGAUGUGCUGGACAGCGCGUGGAGCUCUCUUCACGAGCGGCGCGAGGAGCUGACGGAGAGCCUGCACCUCGAGAGGCACUACGGCCAGCUGCUGCAGGGGCUGGCCAGCCUGGUUGACAUGGGACGGCACAGAGCCACACUUGACCCGAGGCUCGCCCUGCACAGCCACACGGACCUCCAGGGCUACCUCCAGAAACACAAGAAAUUCUUCCAGAAUCUUGGGAAACGCAUGGUUAUGAUGGAGCACCUCUCCCAGUGGGUGCCGGUGAAUCUAUUCAAAAAGCACGAGAAGCUUUGGACAGAUCUCGUGCAAGAGAUGAACUCUCUUCAACAGAAAGGUCUUGAGAAAGGAACAGAGCUGCAGAGAAGAUUGCAGGUCUGGUCCGACUUUGACGAGAGCCACAAGUCCCUGUGCAAGCUGCUGCAGGACGUGGAGGCCAGGAUUCCCACUGUGGGCCUGGUGGAGGAGUCGGACGAGAGGCUCAGUGAGCGGCUGUCUGUCUAUCAGCAAAUCCAGGGCGUCCUGCGCGAGAACGCCGCGUGUCUCUCCCAGGCUGCAGUAGCAGGGAGGGGCCUGCGGGGGGCGCUGGGCAGCGCGGGGCUGGAGGCGGCCGUGGGGCAGCUGGAGAGCAAGUGGCUGGAGGUGCACGUCAGGGUGGAGCAGGACCACCACCGGGUCGAGACGCUCAGGAAGCUCUGGAGCCGGUUUCGAGAGGAUUCGCUGGCCCUGAGUGGCUGGAUGGGCAGUGCCAUGGGCCGGCUGAAGACGUGGAAGCAGGAUUCGGUCACCGUGGCCCAGGAGAAGGAGACUCUGCAGCAGCGCCUGGCUCACUUCCUGGAGUUCGCUAAGGAGGUGGAGGCGCAGUCGGCCCUGAAGGCCUCGGUGCUCAGCACAGGGGCGCAGCUGCUGCAGCUGAAGCAGACGGACACGGCGGCCCUGCAGACGCAGCUGGCGCAGUUCGAGCAGAGCUGGACCGAAGUGCUCUCCAGCCUGCCGACCGUCCAGGAGAAGCUGCACCAGCUGCUGAUGGAGAAGGUGUCGUCGCGAGAGGCCAUGGCACAGCUGGACCUCUGGAUGAGUGGGAUGAAGGACCAGCUGCAGGAGGACGAGGAGAGGGUUCCCGCGGUCUCCGGCUUAGCCAGCAUCACUCAGCUGCUCAAGAAAUACAAGGAAUAUAGCCUUGAGAUGAGCUACAUGCAGCUGACGGUGGAUUUCGUGAACCAGUCUGUGCUGCAGACCAGCAGCCCUGACGUCCAGGGAAAGCGCUAUGAGCGGAAGGAGUUUGCUGAGCAGCUGGGUGCCCUCAACCUGCAGUCACAGCGACUCCAGGGAGCCCUCAGUGACAGGAUCCGGCAUCUGGAAUCCCUACAGGAAGAGUACACAGAGAAGGAGAACAAACUACAGCUCAUCCACAGCUGGGUUACAGCCCAGCGGGAGAGAGUGUCAACGUUCGAGAAACCUGACAGCCGAGCCCUGGCAGAAAAGGCCCUGAAAGAGUGUCAGGAGACUGAGGAGAAGCUGAGGGUGAAGUCCGGAGAGGCCGAGGGGCUGCGUGAGAGAUGUCAGUCCCUGGACACAGGGAGCAAGGAGGGAAUUCGGAGGGACUUCAUGUCACAGGUGGAUGACAUCAGUGCGGCUUGCACAGGCCUCAGUCAGCAGCUUGCUCAGAUGAAGACGUCCCUGCAGACAGUGGUCCAGCGUUGGGGGGAGUUUGAAGGAGUAUUUGGAGAGGUGGAGCUGAGCACGAUCAAGGUCCGCUACAGCCUGGAGCACUGCUGCUGCCCCCUGCUCUCAUUUGAAACUCUGAGGGGCAAGGUGGGGAGCCUGAAGAACCUGCAAGACGGGGCUGAGAUGGGCGAGGAGGGAUGGCAGACGCUGACUAGAGCUUUCUCCAGCCUGAAGGACCUAUGCAGCUCCUCUGCCGCCCAGCUCCUGAGCGACCAGCUCCAGUCUGCACGGACACGAUGGAUGGUAGUAAAUCAAGAUCUUACAGAUGAGCUCCGAAAAGCUCAGAGCUUAUUCCAGCUUUGGCAUAGGUACCGGGACUUCGUUGCUGACCGCGCCCUGCUGCUCGAUAAACACCAGGAGGAGUGCAGCAAGCUGCUGAGCUCUGUCUCUGCCGAGGAGAGCACCGUGGAUUUUGUGCGAAGUAAAGUGGAGGCCAUUAACGGCCUGCAGGAGAAAGUGAGGAGCUUGCAGAGCAGUGUGGCACAGGUGCUGGAGAUCUCGGAGGAGCUGAUGGUGCAGAUGGGGCCCUCGGCUGCGGCGUUCGUCCAAUCAGAGAGCAGGAGCCUCCCCCGCAGGCUGGCACAGCUGGAGGGCAUGCUGGCGGGAAGGCUGAGGGACCUGCAGGAUGAGCUGGAGCAGCUGGAGGAGUUCGACAGCUGCCUGGAGGUGUUGGAGAAUCACCUGAAGGACUGUAAGGACACCGUGAUCAAGACCCAGGACUCCAGCUCCAUGCAGCUCUCAAAGGCGGGCAUGCUGAAGCUGAGUGCCCUGUCCCCAGAUCUGCAGCUCCUGAACGAGCUCAGCUACAGGGUACCUCUGAAUGACAAUGCAGCCCGGAGACUGCAGACCCUGAACAGACAGUGGGCCCUGGCAUCUGCACAGGCAGUGGAGAGGUGCAGUGUGCUGCAGGGCCAGGUGCUGCAGCAGGAGAACUUCCAGCAGAAGUGCGAGCGCUGGCUCAGCUUCCUGCAGGCCAUGGAGGACAAUCUGGCGGUGGACAUUGCAGGCUGCUAUCCCGGCCUCAGAGAGCAGCAGAGAGUCCACCAGAGGUUCCAGGCCGAGGUGGCAAUAGGCCACCAGAUCCUGCACUCCGUCAUCAGCGAGGCCUUGCUGCUGCUGGAGAAGGGAGAGGUGGAGGACAGGAGCGACUUCAUCCUGAAGCUGAGCCAGCUGAAGGAGCAGUGGCAGGGCGCCGUCCACAGGGCCCAGCAGAGGAAGGGCCUCGUCGACGGGCUGGUCAGGCAGUGGCAGCUGUACCGUGGCAGCCUGAAGAAGCUGAGGAGGUUCCUGGCUGACACUGCGGCCCAGCUCCCUCCAGCCAGCAGCCAGAGCCCCUCGGGGCUGCACCAGCUGAGGAUAGCCCUGACAGAGAUGAAGCACUUAAAACUGCUGUUCCAGCGCCAUCACAGCAGCUACGUUCAGGCCCUGGAAGGUGGCAGGCAGCUGUUCUCUAUGGGUGAUGCCCAGACCCAGGCCCUGCUGCAGGGGGAGCUGAGUGGCCAGCAGGAGGCCUGGGAGCACACAUGUGCUCUCCUGGAUGAGAGGAGCACUCUCAUAGCCACUGUCCUGGAGAACUGGGAGAGAUGCCAAAUCAGACUUGCUGAAAGCAGAGACAAGCUUCAGGAAAUUGGGACCAGGGUGAGCACUCCUCUGCCAAUGCUGCUGGAGGAACUGCCCUCAGCGGAGAAAGACGCCAAGGCAGCAGAGGAAUCGCUGGAGGACUGGUUUCGCAGCCUCACGGAGCUCACCAGCAUGAAGACCGAGGUGUCCCAGUACAUCAUCGCAGACGACGUGUUUCUGCUGCAGGAGCAGGUCGAGCACCUUCACUGCCAGUGGGAGGAACUGUGUGUGAAGGUGUCUCUGCGCAAGCAGGAGAUAGCUGACCGGCUGAACGCCUGGAUCAUCUUCAAUGAAAAGAACAAGGAGCUUUGUGAAUGGCUGACACAGAUGGAAAACAAAGUGGCGCGCAAUGCCGAUCUCAGCAUCGAAGAAAUGGUGGAGAAGCUCAAGAAGGACUGCAUGGAAGAAAUCAACCUCUUCAGUGAAAACAAGACUCACCUGAAGCAGCUAGGAGAGCAGCUGAUCAAGGCCAGCAACAAGACCAAGGAGACAGAAGUUAAUGACAAGCUGAAGGACAUCAACGACCGCUGGCAACACCUGUUCGACCACAUUGAGGCCAGGGUGAAGAAGCUGAAGGAUACACUGGCCACGGUACAGCAGCUGGACAAGAACAUGAGUAACCUGCGCACCUGGCUGUCCCGCAUCGAGGCAGAGCUGGCCAAGCCUGUGAUCUACACCAUCUGCGGCGAUGAGGAGAUCCAGAGGAAACUAGCAGAACAGCAGGACCUGCAGCGAGACAUUGAGCAGCACUCGGAGGGCGUGACGUCGGUCCUGAACCUGUGCGACGUCCUCCUGCACGACACGGACGCCUGCACCAGCGAGACGGAGUGCGACUCCAUCCAGCAGACCACCCGCAGCCUGGACCGCCGCUGGAGGAACAUCUGCGCCAUGUCCAUGGAGAGGAGGUUUAAGAUCGAGGACACCUGGAGGCUGUGGUGCAGGUUCCUGGAGGACUAUUCGCGCUUCGAGGACUGGCUGAAGACCGCCGAGAGGACGGCGGCCUCUCCCAACUCCGCGGAGGUCCUCUACACCAACGCCAAGGAGGAGCUGAAGAAAUUCGAGGCAUUCCAGAGGCAGGUCCACGAGCGUCUGACCCAGCUGGAGCUGGUCAACAAGCAGUACCGGCGCCUGGCCCGAGAGAACCGCACCGACGCGGCCAGCCGCCUCAAGCUCAUGGUCCACGAGGGGAACCAGCGCUGGGACAACCUGCAGAAGAGGGUGUCCGCCAUCCUGAGGAGGCUGAAGCACUUCACGUCCCAGCGGGAGGAGUUUGAGUCCACGCGCGACGGGAUCCUGGUGUGGCUGACGGAGAUGGACCUGCAGCUGACCAACGUGGAGCACUUCUCCGAGAGCGACAUCGAGGACAAGAUGAGACAGCUCAAUGGGUUCCAGCAGGAGAUCAUGCUGCACACCAACAAGAUCGACCAGCUGAUCGUGUUCGGGGAGAACCUGAUCCAGAAGAGCGAGCCCAUUGACGCCGUGCUGAUCGAGGACGAGCUGGAGGAGCUGCACUCCUACUGCCAGGAGGUCUUCGGCAGGGUGGCGCGCUUCCACCACCGCCUGACCAGCCGAGGGCUUAUGUCGGAGGAGGAACGGGAGCUUUCUGACCGUGACACUGACCUGGACGAAUCCUCAGAGCUGCAGGGGGUGUGCUGGGAAGGGGGAAAGGAGGGUCCCGAGACCUCGCCCAGUCACCAGGCCAUGUGCCACCUGAUGCCCCCAGCCCCUGGCCAGGAGCGCUCGGGCAGGGAGACGCCCGUCAGCGUCGACUCCAUUCCCCUGGAGUGGGACCACACCGUGGACGUGGGGGGAUCUUCGUCACACGAGGAUGAGGAGGAGGCUACUUACUACAGCGCACUGUCAGAUGUAGAAAUCACAGAAAAUGCAGAGUCCUUUGUUAAAACGACGGCAAAAACGUUGAAGGAAACCUCUGGUAAAGCUGGCUCGGAGCCCCCCAGCUGGCACUCCCCUGAGCCCGUGGACAGCAGGAAGCAGCGCUUCCACCGAGAGAUCCUCCAGGGCUUCCACUCCCAGACCCUGGACACCAGCACCCCCUACAAGCCCGGCUAUGUGCAGCUGAUGUCUGAGUGCAGUGGCAGCAUCGACAGCGUGAAGCGCGUGAAGCUCAUCCUGAACGACGAGGAGCUGCUGCCCGAGGAGCAGGGCCUGACAGGGCUGAGCGCGGCCGACACCCAGUCAGGAGUGAUUGAGCGCUGGGAGCUGUUCCAGGCCCAGGCGUUGAGCGAGGAGAUCCGCAUCAAGCAGAACCUCCAGCAGUGGCAGCAGCUCAACUCUGACCUCUGUGACAUCACGACCUGGCUGGACCGGGUCCGGCCCCAGCUGGAGCAGCUGCAGAAGCUGGAGUCCUCAGCUAGCAUCCGGGACAUGGAGAACAACAUUAAGAAGCUUAAAGAGAUGCAGAAAGCGUUCGCCAACUACAAGGCAGUGAUGAUCUCCAUCAACCUGAGCAGCAAGGACUUCCAACAGGGCGACAGCAUUGAGUCCCAGGAGCUGCAGGCUGGCCUGAAGGAGAUGAACCAGAGCUGGGUGCAGGCGUCCAGUGACUUGGAGCACUGGGAGGAGGGGCUGCAGAACGCUCUGAUGAAGUGCCAGGAGUUCCACGAGACCACACACUCCCUGCUGCUGUGGCUGGCCCACGCCGACAGCCGGCGGUACGCUCUGGACAUCCAUGACCCCGCCAAGCAUCGCAAGGCACUCCUGGUCCUCGAGGCGGAGCUGCUGGAGAGGCAGCAGCAGGUGUCCUCCCUGCAGGAGAUCUCCGCCCACCUCCUGCUGGGCCCCGGGGAGGAGGACUGCACUGAGGCCAGGGAGCGGGUGCACGUCAUCGCCAACAAGCUCAAGCUGCUGCUGCGCCAGGUGGCCGCGGACCUGCAGACCGCGCAGGGCAGGCUGGACUCGUGCUCUCCCUUUGAGUCAACCGAUGAAGAAGACGGUCUGGUAGCAGCUGGCACCUUACUUUCCCAAUCUAAAGACACCAGUGGAGAGAAGUCAGAUGCUGCCCAGGCUGGAAGCAACAAGACGGUGAAGGAGGAGGGCUCUCCCCCACGCUCCUUCUUCUACCGGGUGCUGAGGGCGGCCUUCCCCCUCCACCUGCUCUUCCUCCUGCUGCUGGUGCUGGCCUGCCUGGUGCCGCUGUCGGAGGAGGACUACAGCUGCACCCUCUCCAACAACUUCGCCCGCUCCUUCUACCCCAUGCUGCGCUACACCAACGGCCCUCCGCCCACGUGAGACCCCCCCCCCGGUGCCCUCGCCAAGCUGUCCUUCUGAACUGGUCCACGUCUUCACCCUCCUCCCGGCUGACGAGCGCAGAGUCCUCACCGCUCACAGACACGUUGGCCAGUGCCGGCAAGGCUCUGAUUCUCCCCCUUCACCUGGAGAGUCCUCUCCUGUGGUGUUGAUGUCAUGUUUGGGGGGUCUGAAGUCAUGGGCGAGUCACAGAAUCACUGGAUCAGCUUGGCAGAGCUUGGUACUCAACUGCCUCACCUUGAAGCACCUUGGAUCCCUAUGGACUUACCUCACAGGGCGCCCUGAGGCUGCAAAAGCCUAUUCACAGCUGAUACUAAACCAUUUUCUUUUUUGUAUGGCGCCUAGAGAGUAGCCUCUAUUUUUAAAAUUUUGUACGUACUGGGUGUGGCUGGAAUGAGUGGUUCUGUUUUUAUUUGUUUUAAAACGCUCUUUUGUCCCUGCAGCACAGGGAGCGUGUAUCCCCCACCGGCUUCCAUUUUAGCCUGCAGCUGUAUUAUGACCCAACUGGUGAAUUAUGGCCCAACUGGACAUGCAUAGUAUUUUCUCAAGUAUUUUAAAGCUGAUGGUUUAAAAGUAGUCUUUUCAAGGCAGGAAUUUAAAAAAAAAAACAUAAAAUGAUUUAACGCAAUUUUGAAGAGAAAUGUUAAGCGUGUCAAGUUAUUCCACUCCUUAGACUUGCUAGAAGGAACUGGAGUGAGGGUGGACUGCUUUGUUGGAUAUCGGGAGGCUCUGUGAAGUGACAGAGAUGCACCGCUAAAGCCAGUGCAAAAAUAUCCAAAGUCCUUUUUUUUUAAAAUUUGGUUUUGAAUCAACAGUUUAGCAUUUUUCUUAAAGUAAAACUUUGAAUACUAUACACACAUAAUGAUAAAUUUUGUUUAGGCUGUAAUAUUUAAAAAGGUUUAGUUAAGAAUUUGUGAUUGUAAAGAGCUUAGCCUCCUUUCUUCAGAGAUUAAGAACAAAACAUUUAUUGACAGUAUUGGCAUUAGAAAGAUCUGGGCAUAUUUUUUCUUCUGUUUUGUGAGCCAAGCCUGGUUUUAAAUUUGUUUUCCUCCUCUCAUUUCCAGCAGUGCUCAAGAGUGAACUUUCAAGGUGACAAAUGGGAGGCACUGUAGAGUGUAAAAUGGAAGCUUUCACUGGGCUUAUGAAGAGUUUUCUAGUUUAAGUAUUUAUGUUGAUUCCUUUUUAUUCGCAUGAGGUCUGGCACGCUGUACCGUACUGCAGGACAUUUAGUUUUCUUUAUGUUGCAAUUAAUGGCACAAAGUGUAAAAAAGUGUAAAAAUGGUGGUGUCUUGAACAUUGUACAUUUUCUAUCCUGCAUUACUGUAUUUAGAAUUUCUAUGCCAACUGCUGCACUGUAACAAAAAAGACUAAGGAGUUUAUAGAAGAUGGUGUGUACAAUAUUUGAUUUCUAUUUUAAAACUAUUUAUGGGAUGUACAGUGUAAACUCUUUCUACUUGACAAUAAACAUUGUUUGCCAUGUUCA